AUGGAGGCUAGAGACAAGCAAGUGCUUCGCUCCCUUCGCCUCGAGCUGGGUGCAGAGGUACUGGUGGAGGGACUGGUCCUCCAGUAUCUUUACCAGGAAGGGGUCUUGACGGAAAGCCACGUUCAAGAAAUUAAAGCUCAAGCCACAGGCCUCCGGAAAACAAUGCUGCUGCUGGAUAUCCUACCUACCAGGGGUCCUAAAGCAUUUGAUGCCUUCCUAGAUUCCCUGCAAGAAUUCCCCUGGGUAAGGGAGAAACUGGAGAAGGCAAGAGAAGAAGCCAUGGUUGAGCUGCCUGCAGAUGACCGGAUGGCUGGAAUCCCCCCACACAUCCUCCACAGCUCCCCUUCCGACCAGCAGAUCAACCAGCUGGCCCAGAGGCUGGGCCCCGAGUGGGAGCCCGUGGUGCUGUCUCUGGGGCUGUCCCAGAUUGACAUCUACCGCUGUAAGGCCAACCAUCCCCACAAUGUUCAGUCCCAGAUGGUGGAGGCCUUGGUUCGCUGGAGGCAGCGCUUCGGGAAGCAGGCCACCUUCCAGAGCCUGCACAGGGGUCUCCAGGCCGUGGACGUGGACCCCUCGGUGCUCCAGCACAUGUUGGGAUGA